AUGGAGAAUUAUACCCUGUGGAGUCGGGCUAUGGAGAUUGCAUUGCUUGGACGGAACAAAUUGGGAUUCAUUGAUGGCUCUGUUUUGCGCACUGAUAUUGAAGGGAAUUUGAAGAAAAAUUGGGAUCGAUGCAAUGCAGUGGUCAUCUCUUGGUUAAUCUGGAGAGUCUCAACAGUUUCAACUUAUUUCACCAAAUUGAAAAAUUUGUGGGAUGAAUAUGAUUCUAUUUUACCCCCACCUAGUUGUGAUUGUCAUAAGGCUAAGAAGUAUGUUAAACAUAUGCAGUAUCAGCGUCUGUUACAGUUUCUAAUGGGGUUGCAUGAUAGUUAUUCACAAGCUAGGGGUCAAAUCUUAAUGAUGCACACCUUGCCUAAUGUGAAUCAAGCUUAUGCACUAAUAAUCCAGGAUGAAAGUCAGAAGGGAAUUGCAGGUCACAUUAGUGAAGGGAUGGAGUCCUUAGCUCUUUACACUGCUAGAAACAAUAAGCAGCAACAAUAUCCCAGGAAGAAUUAUCAGUCUCUGUAUUGUGAUUUCUACAACAUGAAAGGGCAUGUUAGGGCAGACUGUAACAAACUAAAGAAAUGUGACCAUUUUCAUGCUACUGGGCAUGUCAAAGCGGAUUGCUACCAAUUGAUUGGUUAUCUUGACAAUUUUAAAGGAAAGAAGAAGGUUAAUGCUGUGCUUGGAGAUCAAAUUAAUACUAUGAUUGAUGCGUUGAAGAAAAGCAGUUGCAGCAGCAGCAAUGUGAAUAUGGCAGGUAAUCUUAGUUUAUGUUUGAAAUGGAUUAUAGACACAAAAGCUACAGAUCAUAUGAUAUGUGAUCACAACUAUUUGUAUGCUGGGAAUAUGGUAAAAAGUACAAGUAAAGUACAGCUACCUACAGGGGAUUUGGCCACAGUUACACAUAUUGGAAGUUUUCAACUAAAUGAGAGUGACCUGAUCAGUGAUGUCUUGUGUAUACCAGAUUUUAAGUUUAACCUCUUAUCUAAUCUCUUGUUUGGGAAGGUCAAGGGGAUUGGUGAGGUAGAUGAUGGAUUAUAUGUACUACACUGGAGAGCAAUACCACAAAAGGCACUGUCUGCAGCCAGCAGAUUAGAUGAAGAUCCUGCACUUUGGCAUCAAAGAUGGACAUGGACUUUCCUAAUUCAUUUGAAAUCUGAUGUAAUUGUUGUACUGAAACAAUUUCUAGCAAUGAUAAAGAAUCGGUUUGGGAAAUGUGUCAAGGUGUUCAGGUCUGAUAAUGAAGGAGAGUUUAUGAGUUCUAACUGUCAUGAUUUAUUUGCAUUGCAUGGGAUCAUUCACCAAAGAUCUUGUUCACAUACUCCACAACAAAGUAGAGUUGUAGAGAGGAAGCAUAGGCACUUGUUAGAGACAACAAGAGCUAUCAAAAUUCAAGGGCACUUGCCAGAUAGAUUUUGGGGUGAAUGCAUAGAAGCUGCAACAUAUAUCAUAAAUAGAGUACCUCUUACAGUUUUGGAAAACUUGUCACCAUAUGAAAUUAUGUUUGGCAAACAACCUUUUUUAACUCACCUGAGAGUGAUAGGGUGUUUGGCAUUUGCUACUAGUUUGAGGAAAGAUGAUAAGUUUGCACCAAAGGCUAGAAAGGUUGUGCUACUUGGGUAUGCUGUCAAUCAGAAGGGAUAUAAAUUGCUAGACAUUGAGUCAAGGAUUAUUUUUGUUAGCAGAGAUAUCACAUUUUAUAAAAGGGAAUUUCCAUUUCAAUUAUCAAGUUCAGGAGAUACUAUUGAUCCAAUAUUUCCUAUGCUAAACUCACAUGUAGAAGAUUGUGAGCUUACUCCAUGUAUUAUAAGCAGAAAUGACACUAUUUGUUCUAAUGAUGAAGGCCAACCUAAUGACAGUCAAGCUUCUCAGCCUGAUGAUAUGUCGCAAAACCAGACCACAUCAUCAGUCUUACCUAAUGUUGUUGUUCCUGCUGCUGUUGUUAGAAAAUCAAAUAGACCUGCUAAGCCUCCUUUGUGGCACAUAGACUAUGUUUUGUCCAAGAAGCUAGCUGGUAAUUGCUUGUAUCCCAUUGUCGAUAUGGUUGAUUAUAACAGCAUCACACCAACUUAUAGAAGCUUUGUUACUAAGCUAUCUCAAGAAAAGGAACCUGCAUCUUAUCGGGAAGCCAUACAGGAUCCAAAGUGGGUUGAAGACUUGAAGCUAUGCAGAAUGAAAUCCAUGCUUUGGAAGAAAAUCACACUUGGAAGCUAA